GUAGGGAGGAAGAGCCCGGGUCAUGACGUCACGGUGUGGCGGCCGCUGAUUGGCUUAGACGCUCCUCUCUAUCCCGGGCUGCAGAGAACCGCAGCAGUAGUCAGCUGAGCACGGGGAAUCCUACUCCGGUGGCCGCAGCACAAGUUCCUACGGAGACGGUGGAAGCGCCUGACAAUGCCCCGGACCGGCAGCAGCUGAGGAGCAUGACAGCCAGGAGAAUCCUGCAGAUGAAUUGAACUUCAACCUGGGGAGUGAAGCAUGCUGCCAUGAGCUUUUUCCAGCUAUAUCUUGGCAUAAGUGAAAAUUGGAAACCUUUUGCAACACCUAACCUGAUAUGGCAAACCCCAUCCAAUGGGCACAGCAGAGAUUGCAUCAUGUCGUACCAUUCAACGAAACCUCAGAAGGCUCCUCACAGUUAUGUCCUUUCCUGCCAUCUGGCAGAAAUCGCAACAUGAACAAAUUAAGUUCUAAACAUCGCAUUGUGGUUCCAUGUUCAGAGCGGUUUAAGGAAGAGUAUGAGAAGAUAAGCAAAGGCUACAGAAACAACAAAAUACGGACGACCAAGUAUACGUUGCUGAAUUUUAUACCAAGGAACUUGUUCGAACAAUUUCAUAGGGCAGCCAAUUUAUACUUCCUUUUUCUGGUGUUCUUGAACUGGGUCCCUGUAGUGGAGGCUUUCCAGAAGGAAAUCACCAUGCUCCCCCUUGUGGUUGUACUGACUAUCAUCGCGAUUAAAGAUGGUUUGGAAGACUACAGGAAACACAAGCUGGACAAGGUCAUCAAUCAUAUACUGACCCGGGUGUAUUGUAGGAAGGAGAAGAAAUAUGUUGAAUGUUACUGGAAAAAUGUUAUGGUGGGAAAUUUCAUAAAGCUCCGUUGUGACGAGAUCAUCCCCGCCGAUAUGGUCCUGCUGCAUUCCUCUGACCCUGAUGGAAUUUGUCACAUUGAAACUUCCAGCCUCGAUGGUGAAAGUAACUUGAAACAGAGACAAGUGGCAAAAGGAUACGUCCUGGACGGAGAGUUAGAUCCUGAAAUGUUUUGUAGCAAGAUACAAUGUGAAUCUCCAAAUAGUGACCUAGGAAGGUUCAAGGGAUUCUUAGCCCAUCCAGACAGGGAAAAGAUCGGCCUCAGUAAACAAAAUCUGCUAUUGAGAGGAUGCAUUGUGCGAAAUACAGAGGCUGUUGUCGGUAUUGUUGUAUAUGGAGGACAUGAUACCAAAACUAUGCUGAACAAUAGUGGUCCCAGAUACAAGCGAAGCCAAUUGGAAAGGCGACUGAAUUCUGAUAUAAUGUGGUGCGUCCUGCUCUUAUUCAUAAUGUGCUUGUUCGGAGCUUUGGGAUAUGGAAUAUGGCUUCAGGGAUAUCCAGAACCUCCUCAAUUCAUCUUGCCAGAGCCUAGUGGCGAGCGGCUAUCACCAGCAUUGGCUGGCUUCUAUAUGUUCUGGACAAUGAUAAUCAUCUUGCAGGUGCUGAUUCCAAUCUCGCUCUAUGUUUCCAUUGAAGUUGUUAAACUGGGACAGGUCUACUUUAUCCAGAAUGAUAAGGACUUCUAUUGUGAGAAGUCUGAUUCUCUCAUCGAGUGCAGAGCUCUGAAUAUUUGUGAAGAUCUGGGUCAAGUGCAGUACAUUUUUUCUGAUAAAACGGGGACAUUGACUGAAAACAUGAUGGUAUUCCGGAGAUGCAGCAUUGCUGGUGUGGAGUACUCCCAUAAGGACAAUGCUAAGAGACUCGAAAGUUAUCAAGAGUCCGAUCUGCAUUCUGAAGAUUUACUCGAUGGUAUCUGCUCCUCUAAAAGUCCAACCUGCAAGUCCAAAAGUCACAGUCCCAAGUCUAUAAGGAGUGCAUCAAGCAACAAGUCACUAAAUAAAUUGGCCGCAACAGGUUUAGAUCUAAAAGAAGGGGAUGAGCCUGGUUCUGCACCACUUCCAAGAAGUUUUGCAUUUAGCAGCCCUAUGGAAAAAGAUGUGGUGCCAGACCCAGAAUUACUAAGAAAGUUUUGCAGCAUCACUCCCCAUUGUCUGUACUUUUCCAAUGAGAAGACUGCACUGGAGACUUCUUACAUUAUUGACUUUUUCCUUGCACUGGCGAUCUGUAAUACUGUAGUGGUGUCUUUACCUAACCAGCCACGCCAGAAGGUAAGAAUGCCUUCCUUAAUUAAAUCUCCAAUGAAAUCUCUGGAAGAAAUCAAGCAGAUGUUUCAGAGGUUCUCCGUUCGCAAACUGAGCGCCACCUCACUCUCAGGUGGAAAAGACUCCUCUUCAGAAACAACCAAUAAUUUUAUGAACAAAGUGCCCCUGUUUAGCAGAAUGAAGCUGGCUUCUCCUGCCGAGGGUAACCAUACUUUGGAUGUUGGCCUAAAUUCUACCAGUGAAAUGCACCCAGAGGGCAUGGAGAAAUCAGACCUUGCAAGCCCCAGUGAUGCCACCGAUAAACCUACCACGUGUGAGAUUUACUAUGAAGCGGAGUCCCCAGAUGAAGCUGCAUUGGUUCAUGCUGCUAGAGCCUAUAAAUGUACUCUCCAGUCUCGGACACCUGACCAAGUCACUGUGGAGCUUGGCUUUCUUGGACCUUUAGCAUUUCAGCUGCUGCACAUUUUGCCAUUUGAUUCAGUGAGGAAAAGAAUGUCUGUUGUGGUUCGACAUCCUAUGUCCAAUGAGGUAGUGGUGUAUACAAAAGGUGCCGACUCUGUAAUAAUGGAUCUCCUAGCCUCUACUUCUGAUGAUAACAAAACAGAAUUCCUUCAAAUGGAGAUCCGAACAUUAACGCAGAAACAUUUAGAUAAAUAUGCAAAAGGAGGACUCCGCACUUUAUGUAUCGCUAAGAAGGUUAUGAGUGACGUGGAAUAUUCAGCAUGGCUACACGGCCACAGUUUAGCAGAAACCAGUAUUGAUAACAGGGAAGAGCUCCUAUACGAGUCUGCGCUCAAACUGGAAACCAAUUUAUUGCUUCUUGGGGCUACUGGAAUAGAAGAUCGUCUUCAGGAAGGAGUCCCAGAGACCAUAGAGUCUCUAAGAAAAGCUGGAAUCAAAAUUUGGAUGCUUACCGGAGACAAGGAAGAGACUGCAGUCAACAUUGCUUAUUCUUGCCAACUCCUAGAAGAUGGUUAUAAAAUCUUCACUAUGACCAGGCAAGAAAAGGCGACAUGUGAGGUUUUGAUAGACCACAUUGUUGAUGAAAUUAAGAGACACCACUUGUCAGAUAAUCUUUUAACAAGUGAAGAGAAGUCACAUGUUGACUUUGCCUUGAUAAUCGAUGGGAAGAGCCUGGAGUUUGCACUGCAUGAAACCCUGGAGAAGAAGUUUCUCUACCUCACCCAGCAUUGCAGAGCUGUCAUAUGCUGUAGAGCAACUCCUCUGCAGAAGAGCCAAGUGGUUAAGCUUGUUCGAAACAGCCUGAAAGUGAUGACUCUUGCCAUUGGUGACGGUGCAAAUGAUGUAAGCAUGAUUCAAGUUGCUGAUGUUGGUAUUGGCAUCUCUGGACAAGAAGGCAUGCAGGCUGUGAUGUCAAGUGAUUUUGCAGUCUCGCACUUCAAACAUCUAAGGAAGCUGCUGCUGGUCCAUGGUCACUGGUGUUACACUCGACUGGCCAAUAUGAUUCUUUACUUUUUCUACAAAAAUGUGAUGUUUGUGAACCUUUUGUUCUGGUACCAAUUCUUCUGUGGUUUCUCCGGAACGUCAAUGGUGGAUGUUUGGAUGUUAAUCCUCUUUAAUUUAAUUUUUACAUCUGUGCCUCCAAUAAUCUAUGGUGUUCUUGAUAAAGAUGUGUCUGCAGACACCCUCCUAUCAUUGCCGGAGCUCUAUAAAUCUGGGCAAACCUCAGAGGCUCACAAAAAGUCAACAUUUUGGAUCACCAUACUGGAUGCUUUCUAUCAAAGUCUGGCAUGCUUCUUCAUCCCUUAUUUUACUUACUUUGGCUCCGACAUGGACAUCUAUUCUUUUGGAAACUUUAUAAUAACGGCUACAUUGUUUGUGGUUUUACUACAUCUCCUGAUUGAAAGUAAGAGCAUGACGUGGAUACACUGGGUCAUUAUGGUUCUUAGCAUUGUGUCUUUCUUCAUCUUCACCUUGGCUGUGGAUGCAAUAUGCCUGAAUUGUAUGCCACCUGCAAACCCUUACUGGGUAAUGCAGACACACAUGACAGACCCUUUGUUUUAUCUUGUGUGUGUCAUGUCUGUUGUUGUUGCACUUCUACCAAGGUUUGCCUUCCGAGUAUUUCAAGGAACAGUGUUUCCAACGCCGCAGCAGAGAGCAAAGCAGCUUGAUGUAAUGUCCCCUGGAGAGCGGUCAAGUGCCAUUAAAUGCUGGUUUUUACCAAAGACUGACAAUACCUUAUUCCAUGCUGUGCCAGCAGAUGGCAGCAAACCAACAAAAGAGGAUGAGGAGGCUCCGUGCAUGCCCGCUCCGAGGGAUUCUGAGUGCAGACACUAUAAUGCAUGAUUCGAGUCCUGUGAUAUUGGCCAAAGGGAAAAGACUACAGAUCUGUCUUCUGUGCGGUUUCUCGCUUUACCAGUGUUAAAAAAAAGGAAUGUCAAGCGCCCUCUAUUUCACUUUGGUGCUAACACUUAAUCACCUACUCUGAUAUGAAAUUCACGUUAUCCGCUGCAAUUUCUGCAGCUUGAGAUGUAUGGGAUAGGAACCGACAGCUAGACCCCUACAGCAGUGUCCAAACUGUAA